CACCAGCACUUACAAAGCAGAGGCAACAGCACUGAGAGCGUGAGUGAGAGAGAGAGAGAGAGAGAGAGAGAGGGGGAAGGAAGGAAGGAGAGAGAGAAGGAGAGAGAGGCUGUACUCAUGGCUGAACAAAGAGCCAUACCGGCUGUGUUACCAUAGGGCAUAGGCGUUACCACAUCGACUGUACGGCGAGGGGCAGGACUUGAGGAAAUGUAUUCUCCAGGAGGGUCAAAUGCUUGUUCAUCGCCGGCAACAGCAGUCUCAGCUGGUUACCAGUGGAAGGUGCCAUAAAGGAAUGCCGACGUGAGCGGACAGCUCGCGUAAAAAAUCAAAAAUGAAAGCUCCAUGGCACAGUGGAAAAAUGCUCUGUGUGGCCAUCUUCUUUAUUGCUGCUGUUAUUACACUCGUAGCCAUCUCUGUUGUGCAGAAUAAACCGAUACAGCAGAAGUAUAAGUAUGGAAUAGUGCUCGACGCAGGUUCCUCACAUACGGCGUUGUACAUCUAUGAGUGGCCAGCGGAGAAAGAGAACAACACUGGGAUGGUCCGCCAGCGACACUAUUGCCCUGUGAAAGGCAAGGGAAUCUCCAGCUAUGCCCACAACUCCAGCGGAGCAGGCCUGUCCCUGAUGCAUUGCAUAGAGGAGGCCAAGCGCAAAAUUGAUCCAGCCAAGCACAAAGAGACCCCAGUGUACCUGGGAGCCACUGCAGGGAUGAGGCUGCUAAUGGAGCAGGACCCUAAGAGUGCAGAGAAGGUCUUGUCCUCGGUGAAGGAUACCCUGUCAAAGACGCCCUUCGACUUCCAGGGGGCACGCAUCAUCACAGGCCAGCAGGAGGGGGCCUUUGGCUGGAUUACUGUCAACUACCUGGGGGAAAACUUCGGGAAGGCUGCAGGAACAAUGGGAGCUUUAGACCUGGGAGGUGCUUCCACCCAGAUCACCUUUGUCUCCAACCAACCAAUAGAGUCACCUGACAAUUCCAUGGACUUCCGACUCUAUGGUAGCGACUACCAGGUGUACACACACAGCUUCCUGUGUUAUGGGAAGGACCAGGUCCUCAAAUUGGCUCUGGAAAAACAGCUACAGUCAGGUGAGACCCUCCUACAGGACCCCUGCUUCCACCAAGGCUACAGUCAAGACAAGCAGUUUAAGGACGUGUUUGAUACCCCCUGUGUCAAGACUAUCAACAAAGAUGAUUCAAAAGAAAAUUUCACACACAAUGGCACUGGCGACUUUGCACAGUGUCAAAGUUCCAUCCAGAAAGUCUUCAACUUCAGCCAAUGUACAAGCUCACGAUGUUCCUUUAAUGGAGUGUACCAGCCUCCUGUAGUAGGGACCUUUGGGGCCUUCUCUGCGUACUACUUUGUGAUGAACUUCCUAAACCUAACUGGCCAGUCCCUGGAAGAUACCAAGAGGAACUUAGCAGAUUACUGCAAGACCCCAUGGAACGAAAUUAAGCAGAGAUACGGUGAACGAGUAAAGGAGAAGUACCUUUCAGAGUACUGCUUCUCUGGGACUUACAUUUUGACCUUGCUAGAAAAUGGCUACAACUUCACAGAGGACACCUGGAGAGAUAUCACCUUCAUUGAUAAGAUCGAAGGCAGUAGUGCAGGCUGGACUCUGGGUUACAUGCUCAACUUGACCAACAUGAUUCCCGCUGAGGCCCCAGACACUCCACUCAUGACUCACGGGGGCUUCGUCAUCCUCAUACUCUUCCUCAGCAUCUUCCUCCUCGUCCUCUUGUUCCUCGGCCACAGAUUUCUUGGUCGGCCUUCUUGUUCAUCUCCGAAGGAUAUUGUCUAGGCCUGUGUCAAGGCUGAGGUUACAGGACAGACUGCCCGGUGGAAGGGAUUUUAAUGUGACCACCAAGGGACUAGCAGGAAUCUGAUGAAGGCAGCAUCCUGUUGGAUAAGGACCACCUCUUAUGGAGCUCAACUUAGCUAGUAGCAGACAGUAACUAGGGCCACAGGAGUUCAGAAGCACAGGAGACAGGUUAAGAGUGAAGGUGUUGAUGUUAGUCUUUCACUGUCUUCAGAAACUUUUCCUGCCCAAACCAAACAAACUCAGGAGAUUGUUGGAUGUUUAAGAGAAAUUGUUUUAUUUUGGUAAUAGCAGUCCGGCUAUAAAUACUGUAUAAAUAUUUUUUAAAGGGUUUUCUUAUAGCACUGUGUGCGUUUAUGUGUCCAACAUGUAAAUGAUGAGCAUGAUGCAUCAUCAUUUUGAGCUGUGUAAAUAAUUGACUAUUUUAUUAUUUUUAACAGACCCCAAGAAAACCAGUGGCAUUCAAAAAAGUUAAUGAUGACAUGAUCUACUCAAAUAUUCUACAGGCAUUUCAAACUAGGUUUUAUCUCUUAUCACAAGAUGAACUUUAAAUGCCUUGAAGUGGACACUCCAAUAAAAUCCCUUCAUGGGAUUUAAACAUCUACUGUAUUUUUAUGCAACUAUUGGAAUAUUAUUCCAUGUAGAAACUACAGCUCAGUUAUCAAGCUUAACAAAAACAAAAUUGAACCAUUACCUGUACUCACAACAGCAUUCUAUUGCUGUUACCGUAAUAUUGUAGUAUUGUAAUUAUUAUUCCACAUUUUUCCUAACUGGUAUGAUAUAAGUAUAAGUAUAAGUAUAUAUACUUUUUUGAUCCCGUGAGGGAAAUUUGGUCUCUGCAUUUAACCCAAUCGGUGAAUUAGCAUAUGCAACAUAUGCAAAUAGUAAUCCUUUCUACAAAGAAUUGUACUUAUUUCUCAUUGUUCAGAUCAGGCUUAACUAGGUUAUGAGUAUCAUCACCUUGCCUGUCAAGUGCUAUGGUUUAGGUCAAGUGUGCAAAAUGUCCAUAGUAGCUAGCCAUAUUAUCUGUCCAAAAUGUAUUUAGAUCAAGAACAAAUGGGUCUGAAAAAUGAAAAUAUUGAGUUUUGAGUCUUCACUCUCAAUGCCAUGCAUGGUAUGGUUAUGUUGGUGUAGAGGAGGCUUACAAUUUCAUCCCCACGGAGCAGUGACAGUAACAUGUUUUUUAUGCCCUUAAAGGUGUAGGUUUUUGAACAUUCUAAGUUCUGCAACAAUUGAAGGUUCUAAAAUUCUAUGUUGAAUUCAAUGAACCCAGAUAUUCUUUAGAAUGUUAAUUUCCCAACAUUCCCGUCACGUACUCCUUUAAGGGUUAAAAUGAACAUGUUAUUGCCUCCCCUUUCCGCAAGGACUGCAAUGGCUAACACUGGGAUUUAUGAUGUUUUCUUUGAAAUUACCAUUCAUGGACUUGUGUUGUUAUGCAUAGCAAAGUGAAUGUGUUACUGGGAGGAGAGCUCUUUAUCCCCCCUGACACCACAGGGGGGCACUUCCUAUAAACUCUCUCUUUACCUCACAAGGACACAGGAUGAAGAUGCCUGCAGAGGUGCCUUUUUAAGUCAUUCUCUUCUCUGUGUGUUGCCCUUAAAAGUGAGAGCAUCAUUCCUGUUUUUCUUAGCUGAAUGUGAAUGAAUCUGAAUGAAUGAAACCUUUACUGUUAUAUACCAGUUUCUCAUGUGUACCAAGUGUGAAGCAGUGAGCAGAAAGGCCAUGCUUACAUGGAAAGGUUUCCCUUUUGAAGCUUAAAAGCGUCUAAUAUCAGUAAUGUGAGUAAUUGUCAUUCCUGCCCUUGCCUGCAUACAUGGAUGUUCUUGCACAAAACUGACCUGUCAUCAGUUUGUGAUAUCCAAUGUAUGAUUAUCUUGCCAUGUACAGAGUUGUAUACUGUGGUUCCCCACCAAGGGCCAUUCACUUUUUAAAAUUGUCAGUCUCUUUUGUAUAUUGAAUAUAAAAGCUGUGGAUUUAUAUAUUAAUAAAAAAAAAACUUUUCUGUGGUAUAGA